AUGCCGUCAAAAAAAUCCAAGAAAAGAUCUACCGACUACAGCCUUGGGCUCUUGAAUAAUAUCAAUGCGCCCGGGCGCAAUAUCGCGAACAUACAGGAUCCCAAAAGGCGCCGCACCACCCAUGGCGAUAUCUUUGAUAUUCCUAUCUCCCCCUCCCCGACCAAAUCUCGAAGGACCCCUCAAACCGAACCAAAAAAUACAAACCGGUUGAGUUUGAGAAACCGUGCAGUGCCUAGAUCCACGCGACUGGAGUCACCUCCCAACGUUUCCGACAAUGAAGAAGACAACGAGCCCAGCAACGACGAAUCCGGGUCAGGCGACAGGGAGUCUGAACCAAUUCAAGAUGUACCCGGCGACAACGGGGAGGAAGAAUUGAGCGAGAACCAGGACGAGCUUCAGCGCCAAGCUGAAUAUGACCCGUUUCCCGAACCAGUCGAUCUGUUCCCGGCCGACGAUGAGGAUCAAGCUGAUGAUCAGCUUGGAUACAAAGCUACAAAUACACAAGACGAUGGACCUGGAGACGGACCUGAACAUGAAGGCGAAAAGGCGACAGAUAAUCAAGCUGGAGAGGAAGCUAGAGACACACAGGAUGAUGCAUCUGCGGACGGAUCCGAAUAUGAAGAUGAAGAAGAGGCGGAUGAUCAUUCUUCAGCUGAAGACCAGAAUCACUCAACACCCACCCAGCAGAUUGCAAAUGCAGACACCCUCGAGGCGCAAAUCCUCGAGGGUGUACCAAGAAGCCAAAGGGAUAGCACACAUAUAAGUUGCGAGUCAGCGGAUGCUCGAGAAUCUCAAGUUGCCUCGCAGCUCCAGGAAGUACCAGAGACACCAAAUAUUGAGCCACCCCACCCAAAUAAGGACCAUCGAAGCGCUCGCUCCGAUAUCUUCACGUGGCUGACCGAGGCGACCAAAGAAUCUGGCUUCAAAGACACCUGGGAAGCAAUGCGCAGAACAAGGAAAACUCUAAAGACCCACGCUGAUCCCUCUGCAAAAGACCAUUUCAGGGGUAUCAUAAAGCUCAUUAGGCGGCUACGAAGUCUGUUUGAAACAAUGGCCGAGGACCCUGGUUCAGCUUCUUCCUUGAAAAACCAGUGCAGCCUCAUCGCGAACAGCGUCUUUAAAGAGAACCAGUGGAUCAUUUACACGGAAGCCCCGGAGGAUGAAGAGGAUGGUGCAAACCUGGUCAAUCAGCUUGAAGCCCAUAUUGUUCCCCGACUGAUUGACCUAAUCAUACACGGAUUCAAGACAUACAAGACUAUUAAUGAUCGGGGAGCGCGACAAUUUCGCAUUAUCCUGGAUUUACUUUGGGGGUCCUGUGAUAGGAUAUCCUCCCUCGCCCAGAUGCAUUAUGAUAUUAGUGGGGGCGUGAUGGCUCGUUCUAAAAUGGUGAUGCGACAUGUGAAGACUCUCAAGGAUGCGCUAAACGACGGCCGGCUACGUGAGACACCUCAUCGUACCCCCCAACGCCCUCUAGGGUACAGGCAAUUUGAGUUGGAAGAGGUUGACAGCCAUAUCUCUUGUGGACGGUGGACCCAUGCAGAGACGAUUGCACUCCGUGAUGGCUUACAAUCAUAUGAGGGGGAAGAUCGAUAUAUCGAUAUCAAAUGUGACAAUACAAUUGGCGGUCAACUCUCCCAGCGCAUCCUACAACAUAUCCAGGGUCAAGCCAUCAAACUCGGAUUGGACGACCCAUGA